UCCCCCAAUUUUAAAACUCUCUUUUUCUCCAUUAUUUCUUCUUCUCACCUGCACCAUCAUCAUCAUCACCCCUUCUCUCUCUCUCGCUCUCUCUCUCUCUCUCUCAAGAAACAAUGAAGACCAGAAACGGAGGUAAAGUCUCGGCUAAAUGGAUCCCUGUUCUCUCCCUCUCCUUCUUCAUCCUCGGUAUGCUCUUAACAAACAGAUUGUGGGUUCCCCCUGAAUCCGACAAUCAGCUUCUAUCACGCCAUCGACGCGACCAACAGUUGCAGAUCAUAUCCGAGGACUGCACCACUGACAAGAAGAAACCAGGUCAAGAUAAGGGUGUAAUGGCGGAGGUUUACAAAACCCAUAACGCAAUUCAGUCUGGCAGAUCACUAGACAAGUCGAUUUCAACGCUGCAGAUGGAGCUGGCUGCUACUCGAAGUUCUCAGGAGAUGAGGAGAUCUGAUGAGUUCACUCACAUCUCUGAAUUGACUCAUGAGGAGGGCUUGCCAAGGAAGAAGGCUUUCAUAGUUAUUGGAAUUAAUACUGCUUUUAGUAGUAGGAAGAGGCGUGAUUCGGUUAGAGAAACUUGGAUGCCUCAAGGAGAGAGACUUCUUCAAUUGGAACAAGAGAAGGGAAUUAUCAUCCGGUUCAUGAUCGGCCAUAGUGCAACAUCUAACAGCAUACUAGAUCGAGCUAUUGAUUCAGAAGAUUCUCAGCAUAAGGACUUCCUCAGGCUGGAGCAUGUUGAAGGGUAUCAUGAAUUGUCUGCAAAAACCAAAAUUUUCUUCUCCACUGCUGUUGCAAAAUGGGAUGCUGAUUUCUAUGUCAAAGUGGAUGAUGAUGUCCAUGUCAAUUUGGGCAUGCUGGCUGCAACUCUUGCCCGUCAUCGAUCAAAGCCAAGAGUGUACAUUGGCUGUAUGAAAUCUGGACCUGUUCUUUCUGAAAAGAAUGUUAAGUACCAUGAACCAGAGUACUGGAAAUUUGGAGAGGAAGGGAACAAAUACUUCAGACAUGCAACUGGGCAGAUUUAUGCCAUCUCAAAGGAUCUGGCCACAUACAUCUCAAUUAAUCAGCCCAUAUUGCACAAGUAUGCUAAUGAAGACGUGUCACUUGGUUCAUGGUUUAUUGGUCUUGAAGUAGAGCACAUUGAUGACCGCAAUAUGUGCUGCAGAACUCCACCAGAUUGUGAGUGGAAGGCACAGGCUGGUAAUGUAUGCAUCGCAUCAUUUGAUUGGAGCUGUAGUGGAAUUUGCAAAUCCGUGGAGAACAUCAAAUCUGUUCAUGAAAAGUGCGGUGAAGGUGAUGCAGCUGUUUGGAGUGCUCUAAUCUAAAGUAAUCCCAGUGGGCUAUUUUCUUCAAACCAAGAGAUUGAAACCAUUCAUAUUCAUCAGCCAACCUGAAUCAGGGAGGCAGUUGUCCAAGUUGAGGUAGUUCAGUCCAUGCAUAUGAUAUAACAUAUUUUCGAAAACAAUAUGCCCUUAUGAGAAAUCAUUGAGUUCAGAAGGAAUAUUCGGUCCAUGAGUUUUGUUGGUGUACUGUUUCAAAUGGAUCGGUGUUGCUGUGGGUAUGGGAGAAUUGGAAGUGUUUUGUGCAAUACUGCGAUAUUCUUGUUUGUGUAUCAGAUGAUAUUUUGAGUAUUUAAUUAUACACAAAGUAAUUCUUUUCAAAUCAGUGAAUGACAAUGUAACAUUGGAGAUGUCUGAAACUUGUGAAAAUGUAUGUGUAGAGUACAUUUUUGUUCAAACAUAUGACUAGUCCUUUGCCCAAGCAUGA